AUAAGUGUUAUCCUCAAUCCUCAUCUUCACUUUCGAAGUUCUAACUCACCGAGAAAGAAAAGCAAAGAGAGUUUGGUAUAACUAUGAACAUUCCCACUUAUUACCGCCACUCAAACUUCAUCUUAAAUCCUCACAUAGACAAGACUUUUGCGAGGACUCGACAAGCAAGAUCAAAUAAUAUCACAUUCAUGACAAGAACUCAAGGAAGAAGAAGAAAGAUGAGACUGUGUUUGGUAAGAGCAAGUGCCGAAACCGGAGAAGAAGAAUCUAGCGAUCAAAGCAAGCCAGAGAGAAGAAGUUUCUUGAGCUUAGCAGAAGCCGGUCUUGUCGAAAUCUCGGGCCUUGGUGCACACGAGAAGUUUCUCUGUCGACUUACGAUAUCGUCGUUGAAUUUGCUAAGAGUGAUAUCAGAGCAAGAAGGAUGUUCAAUAGAAGAGUUGAAUGCUGGCAAAAUAUGUGACUGGUUCCUUAAGGAUAAGCUGAAGAGAGAGCAUAACAUUGAAUCUGCUGUUCUUCAAUGGGAUGAUCCCGAUUUUCCAUUUUAAAUAUUCGUAUUUUACCUUUAAUUAAGCCACACUGAAGUAUGAUCAAGUAUGAUCCUUUUGAAAAUAUCGUGAAUCUAAUUGAAGAUAUUAUUAGCUUCGUCAUUAACAAGGUGAAUAUAUAUGUGUCUUAAUCUAUUGUGGUCUGACUAGGAAAUAUAAACCCUUUGUUAAGUCCUA